AUGGGAUCAGCAACAAAUUCUCUCGUGUUAGAACUAGCGACACCGGAAGAUGUCCCCGCCAUCACUGAGGUAUGGUUCGCUUCCUUCACACAGCCGGUGAUCGGGCAAAUUUUCCCCAAUACCCCCGGUAUGCACCAAUGGCACCGGGAUUGGCACAUGGGAGAUAUUCAAAAGUCUCACCACAGAUACCUACGUGUUGUUGACACCGAGUCGAAAGACGAGCAAGGCCGACCACGGCUAGUUGCAUUUGGCAAAUGGGACCUGGCCAUGCCAGAUGAUCGAGGCCGUCGCUUCCCACAAUGGCAUGCGGACUCGCCUUACCAGCAAUGCGAGGAUUUGAUUGAAAAUUUGGAGAAGGCCAGGAAGCGCGUGAUGGGUGAUGAGAAACAUUACUACCUAGACACACUCGGCACUCAUCCUGAUUAUCAACGGCGAGGAGCUGGCUCUAUGAUUGUCCAGUGGGGAUGCGACCUAGCGGAUAAGGAUGGUGUUGCGGCCUACGUGGAUGCUAGCAAGGAGGGGGCAUCGCUAUACUUGAAACAUGGCUUCGUGGAUUUCAGUCCACCUGGCUCGGAAGUGGCUGCGAUGGCUCGUCCUAAGGCGGGUCCGAUCGAUCGCACUUGA